AUGGUUUAUGCUAGUACAAUUCAUGCUGUAACAGGUUAUCUAAAAGAUGUACAAGCAAAAACAAAUGAACCAUCAAAUCCAGUAGAAUUUUAUGGUGUUACAAAAUGUUUUGGUGAAGCAUUUUGUCGUUAUAUGAGUGAAAAAGAAGGUGUGCCGUCAAUAGCUGUUUAUGUUGGAGCAUUUCAACCACAUUCAACUGCACAAAAUAAAGAUUCAAUAAGUAUGCUCGACGCGUGGUUAUCUGAAAGAGAUUGUAUACAAUUACUUGAAUAUUGUAUUGAUGCACCGAAAGAUUUAAAAUUUGGAAUUGUACAUGGUUUAUCACGUAAUAUAUUUAAUCGUAUGGAUAUUGAAUCAACACGACAAUUAUUAAGUUAUGAACUUCAAGAUAAUUUUUUUUGA